AUGGAGCAGAUACGCGAGGUCUUGGAAGACAUGAUUGGUUCUGAGUUGGCUUUGCGAGAUGAUGUCAGUCUGCUCGACCUUGCAGAUCAACCACUUGUGGCAAGACAACUCAAAGGGAUCUCGGAUGCUCGAGAGCGCUUGGCGACUGUUGCCGCUGCGGCCAGAACCUCGAGCAAGGUUGCAGUGGAAGGGGCGAGAGUUGUCAAGAUCACUCCGGACAGGACCGAUCCUGUGGACCAAGGUCAGGGAUCAGCUUGGAACCAGCAGUGGUUUGCUACUGGCUUGCUGGGCAGUGAUGACGAAGGGUCCAAGACGCAAGAUGAGGUCGAAGGCAUUGGCACCCCAGAAUUCGGAAGCGACAAGAGUCCUGAACAUCGCUAUGAUUGCGACUGGACGCAGCUCCCCUCCUUUGAGCAAGCCUCCUUUGAGCAGAUGCCCUGCUAUGAGGAGCUACCCUGCUUUGAGCCACCGGCGCUUCUUCAAGUUCCCAUGGUUUGCACGCCUUGGGGGCUCACUCCAAUGAUGGUGUGCCUGUCUGAGACAUCCGGUACCGACCACAUGGACCAGGACCACUCUCAGCUGCUGGAGGAUGUGGACUCGGAGAAAUAUUGGUGGAAGCGCAGGCGAGGCUUGGUUGACAUGUUGGCAAGAUUCCUGACCCGUCGACGAGAGUAUGGCUGCGUACCUCUAGACGAUGUGCUGCAGCGACAUCCGCAGCUCUGGUACAAAUGCCACUCUGCACAUGAGUUGGCAAGAGUUCUUGCCCAGGUUGGGGAGCUCUCUCCCAUCGUGGUUGACUUGUUGCACUGCACGGUCCGCCUGCGGACUACUGAUGAGGCUCUUGUGGCCACCUGUGAAAUGCUGAUGGCUGAGCUUGAAGACGGCCUCGGAGCGACCUCGGCGCCAGCGACCUUGAGUCUCAACGACGCGCUCAAGUCACGUGAGGUGCAGUCUCUGCUGUCGUGUGCCUCCAUGGAUCCGGCUGAUCAAGCUGACUGCUUGCGAGCAGCGUUGGAAGAGUCUGAGCUUCUUGCAGUUGGGGCAUCGGAUGUCAUCUCCUGGCGUUCUCCUGCUGAAGUUCUGCUUCAGCCCAUGGAGGAGAUCCUCAGCAACUCAAGCAAGGAAGCUCACAUGAUGAACAAGGAGGGCGAGGUUCCCCUGCUUGUGCUCGCGGAGGAGCCGACGAUUCGCCGCCUGCUUGACCGCGCAUGCCUCAAAUCGAGCAAGGAUUCGCUGGAUGCUUUGCGAGAGGCACUUCUUGAAUCUGAGCAGCUGGAGUUGGACACCCCACGGAUGAGCUGCCGGGCCAAAGGAAAUGGCUGGCAAGCUGAAGCUGUGGAUGCCGACCAGGUGCAGCGGAGAAGGCACCCGCGCAGAUGCUUCUGGACCCCAUCUACCAAGGAUGCCGUGGAACUGCGCAAGCUCUUGAAGCACUACUUCGAUCCUUUCAACCUCCAGCACAAUCGGGUAUCAGACUCAGGUUCGGUUGUUUUGGUACCGUUCGGGGCUUUCUUGGAACACGGCCUGUGA